AUAUGUACACAGUGUGCAGAGGAAUUAAUACAAAGGAGACAGUUUCUUGUCGAAUCGGUGAGAAAUGUGGACUGCUGCUCACAACCAGAGGCUGUGGUCAUCACGGGCCAAAUGGAUGCAUUCACAGACCAAUUUGCAUGCGAGGAGAAGCGACGUGUCACAACUGCGACAAGGCGCAUAAAACUUGCGCCUUGGACGGACGAACCUGGUUUUGUGCAGGAAGAGCACCUUUGCCAAGAACUUGUCAUGUGAAAACAAUUUGCAUGAACAUCAAGCCAGAUCGUUCGUAUCGCCAAGAGGAAUACAACGAUGAGAAGCGCAUUGAUUAUGAUCGGGAAGAAUAUGAUUUGGUGACGGAAAAGUACAAAGAGGAUUCGUAUCAAGAGAAAACUGACGAUUAUCAGGAGGAAUACAGAGAAGAAAAAGGCAAGUUAUUUUCUUUGAAUAUAGGAGAUGCGAAUUUGUGCAAGCACACGAAGUGCGGGCCACGUGCUUUUUGUAUUUUGCAAAGAGCUGGGCCGUGUGAUGCGAAUUUGUGCAAGCACACGAAGUGCGGGCCACGUGCUUUUUGUAUUUUGCAAAGAGCUGGGCCGUGUGGUGAGAAUGAGCAGUGCCCUCUGUCGGCAAGAUGCAUCAGACCAAGGAUUGAAUUUAAUGAACACCAUGAAGACUAUGCAUCUGUAGAGGAAGGAUACCAAGAACCAGGAGGACCAGCUGUUGCCAGAUAUCCCAAAAACAAGAUUGAAAGACUGCAAAAGUUUUACAAGGCAUGUAGUCCACGUGGAACACCAAACCCAGGAAUGUGUCUCAUUGGAGAAAAAUGCGAAAGGGUUGUGGCCUGGGAUGACAGGUGUUUAUUUGACAGACGCAAGAAAUGCACUAAAUUCACGUCUGCUUGCCAAGUUGAAGUGAUACUGCAGAAAACCUGUCCUCGGGAACCUUUGCAUCUGCCAAAAGUGACCUCGGAAAAUUACAACCCAGGAGCAGUCAGGGAUAAUUACCUGGAACAACCCCUGGAUGAUCGCCUAGAUUAUCAAAACCCUGUGAACCGGAACCCGCACCAAGUUCCCCGGGAUUAUCCCCCUGUUCCGAUUCGAAGACCUCAUAAUCAUCCACCGAAAAUCCCCUAUAAUCCACCACCAACAGAAAUUGAUUACAGUGAACCUCUUCCUUUGAACUAUGUGGAACCCCGUCCAAAUCCUGGCCCUUAUAGAAAACUCAACAGUAUCCGCCGAAAUCCUGGCCCUUACAGAAAACCCAACCGCAUAGAACCGAACCCUGUUCCGGGUCCUUACGGCGACGAGGGUCCAAUAAUAGGUCCCAUUCCCUAUUAUUGAUUCAAUUAAACAAUUCUUUCCUUGAACUCUGUUAUCCUAAAUUUUUUUUUGAAGCAUGCAAUCGAUGAAUGUCUGUGAAAUACAGCAUUUUUUCGGAGAUCCCGGAAAUUCAAAGAA